AUGGCCUCUUGUCAUCUUCUUGUCACAUUGCUAUUAGCUGUCAUCUAUGCCACCUAUGGUUCUUGCACGUACAAUUAUAGGAAUUUGCCAGAUUCUAUUGAAGAAGUACCAUACAUUCGCAACUACUUCUACGUUGGUGGAAAGUACGCAUCGGAUGGAUCUGGCGAGCAUGUCUUCCGAGAUCAGAUGUAUGUGGAAAAGCUCUCACCUCUUGGAAGUUCACGAAAACAAACACCGCUCGUGUUUAUACCUGGAGCUGGUCAAACGGGAACAAACUUUCUAAACAAGCCGGAUGGUGGCAGAGGCUGGGCUUCGCUCUUCAUCAUGCAAGGAUUUGAGGUGUACAUCGUUGAUCAAACGUCUCGUGGUCGAUCUGUAUGGAACCCAAUGGCUGGGCCCGCAAUAGAAACCUUCUCUGCCGAGUUGAUUCAACAGCGCUUUACAGCACCUCAGGACUAUAUGCUCUGGCCGCAAGCAGUCAACCAUACGCAAUGGCCUGGUACUGGACGAAUGGGUGAUUCGGUCUUUGACGCGUUUUACAGCUCCAACGUUCAGCUCUCCAAUAACGACACUUAUUCGCAAGCGACUGUGCAGGCGGCUGGGGCUGCUCUUCUCGAUCGUAUCGGUAAACCUGUCAUCGUCAUUGGUCACAGUCAAGCUGGUCCAAUAGCGAUUCUAGUUGCAAAUGCUCGGCCAAAUCUGACAGAAGCCAUUGUUCUGCUUGAGCCUGGUGGUCCACCUUUUCGUGGCGCGGUGUUCAACAAUGCCAGUGCACGCCCUUGGGGACUCACCGAGGUACCUCUUGUCUACUCACCUCCUGUCACAGAUCCAGUUGCCGACCUUAUCAAAGAGGGGGUGCCUGCGUCCUCGGGUAUUCUCGAUGGCUGCAUUCUACAAGCGUCUUCACCAGCUCCUAGGCAUCUGACCAAUCUAGCCCCAAAGCCGAUUCUUGUUAUGACAGCCGAGGCCUCUUAUCAUGCAGUCUACGACUAUUGUACCGUCUCAUAUCUGCGUCAGGCUGGCUGUUCCAGGACAGAUCACUUGGAGUUGGGCAAUGCCGGCGUGCAUGGCAAUGGUCAUAUGUUCUUCAUGGAGAAGAAUAGCCAUGAUAUCUGGGUGUUGCUCUUGGAGUGGAUUGAAUGGCAUUUGGGCUAG